ACUAUGUGUUCUUCAAGUUACAAUCACAUUCUAUUAUAUUUUGAUGAUUUUACUCUUAAUAUAUGUAACCAUCAGUUUUGUUAUUUAGUUUAGUGUAAAACGCAGUUAUUUGUGAGCUUAUUUAUUAUGAAUUGACAGUGACAAUUAUUUAACAUUUUUCCGAAAGCGACACGCCAAUUCAACGAUACGUUUGCUAAAUUAAGUAGUCAAUCAGUUAGUACUUUGCUGUCUUAAAAGCUAAAACAUCUCUUCUCUGUACGAACGUGUAUAGGAGUAGUUUAAAAGUCUACCGUGUUAUACAACUAUAUAACGCACUCACCAUUACAUUGGCAUUAGUACUAUUUGUUUAUCUAAUUUCUAGCCUAGAAAUAUUAACUUAGUACUAAGUUAAUACUACUAGCGACUCUUUGUCGUACUCGUACUAGUACUUAGUCGGUGUCCUAACGUUAGGUGUCAGCUUACACUAAUUACAGAGCCAAAAGUUACCUAGGAGUAUGUAUAUAUACAUAUAUAUAUAUAUAGUGAGAAUUUAUUAACACGAAUACGGUACUUCCUGUAAUCAUUACCAAACAUUUUACUGAGUAGAGGAUAUGGCUUGUGCAACUUUAAAAAGAUCAAGUGAAUGGGACCCAUUGUUAAGUCCAAAUAGUGGAAGACCAGCCAAACGGCGUAGAUGCAUGCCAGUUACACUAACAGUUCCUUCUGCCAUUCCACCUACAAAUAGAAGGCCCCAUGAAAUCAGUCAUUCUCCAUUUGAAGAAAUGUCAACGGAUUUAUCUUCAGGUCAGAUUGCAGCAAAUAUUCGUGAAGAAAUGCGACGUUUACAGCGUCAUAAACAGAUGCACUUUUUCCUGUCAGGAAACCAAACUCCAGACUAUCCUUUAGUUUCAAUAGGCACAUCUCCAUCUGUUGGAUCUCAAGGCCAGGGUCUACAGUCUGCCACCCGUAAGGACCAACCCCUUUUCACCUUCCGUCAAGUUGGACUUAUCUGUGAGCGCAUGUUGAAAGAGCGAGAAACACAGAUCAAGGAAGAAUAUGACCAUGUCUUGAAUACUAAAUUAGCAGAACAAUAUGAUACUUUUGUGAAAUUUACCUAUGACCAAAUACAAAGGAGAUAUGAAACUGAAACACCUAGCUACUUGUCAUAAGCUCUUGCUUACUGUAUCAUUAUUAGAUCAAGAGAUGGACCCUGUUUUCUGUCCACCAGCAUUGUGGGUGAAGCUUUGACCACAUAGUAUCAACUACACUAGUAUACCAAGAAAGUGUGGGUCCAGCAUAAAAUGUGUACUUUUGCAGGGGGGAUGAGUAAUAUAUUGGAUAUGAUGAUACUUAUUAUGAACUCCAAACUGAACAAAGUCAAAUGAUUUGAUUUUCAUUUAUUUUGCUAGUGUGGCUGAAGAGGCAUAUCAAUAUUUUAAAAUGGUCCCUGGUCUGGAAACAAUAACAUCCAAUAAGGAUGUUUCCUUUCUCUACUUUAGAUAAGUGUUGUUGCAGUAACUAUAAGUUAUCAUGUACAUGGUUAUAUGUGUGCAGACAGAAAUAUGUCUGUUAGGAUUUUGACAUUUAUAUAUGUUUGUGUGCAUGCUUAUACACUUCCUGUUACUCAGCAGCAUUAAAAAAUGAAAAUCUGUAUUGGAGGUUAAACAUAAUGCAGAACAGGAGAUCAUCUGAUUUUUUUUCAAUUCAGAGUUUGUUAUCAUGUGUUGGUAGACUCUGAGGUCAAGACUAGGUAUUUAUAUGAGACAUUAAUUCACAGGUACAGUAUGUGGAACGUAUUAAACAUGUUCUGAAGCAAGAGGAUUGAACCUCAUAUACAAAAUAGCAGCUUUCCACAGGUUUAGUUAUAGUUGUAGUCAAAAUGUUAAGCUCUGCAGUAGUUUUGUAGACUAAGAAUGAAUUAGCAAGAAUUGCACUCAUGAUGCAUUGUUAAAAUGUGACUUAAAAUCCAUCAAACAUUAGAGAAACAGAACUGUAUAAAGAAACAUUGUUUCUUACUCUAUAGUAUAAAGUUUCCAACACUACUUGGUGCCAUAUAGGCUUCACAUUCACCAGUGUUUUAUAGUUAAGUUUUAGUAUGGAGGAAAGUGUUUUAGUGUUUUAAAGGAAACUGGAAGGAUUUUUACAAGAAGUUGAAGAAUUACUGUACACUUUUUGGCAGAAUAUAACUUUCAGUGAACCUCAGUUUCAUAUGGAAGUUUAUGUAGUGCUUUCCACAACUUUGUAUUAAAAAUAUAAGCAUAAUAAAGCUUUUGUUAGAAUUAAAUAUUAAAA